AUGGGCCCGGCGCUCGCCGCCGUCCUGGCGCUGGCUGCGCUGCUCCCCGCGGAUGCGCUGCCCUGCGGAGCGCAGCGCCCGGACAGCGACACGGCCUCCAAGCUGCCGGGCACCUGGCUGUACGUGGCAGGGGCUGCCCAGUUCCCCCAGCACCAGGUGGAGAUGCUGCUCAUCGACCACGCCUUGCUGCGCCUGGAGCCGGGGCCGGGGCAGGAGCUGCUCAUCAGCCACUUCGUGGCCGUCGGGGACCAAUGUUACACCCACAACCUGACCUACCUGGAAGUCACCGCCGGUAACGCCACCCUGGUGAAGAACGCCAUGACCCAGCAGACUGAGGGGAUGCUGAUGAACACGAGCUCUGAAAACCUCUUACUCAUCCAGUACCAAAUGCAGAGGGAAAGGACCUAUUUGGGGCAGUAUCUGUAUGCCAGGAACCGGAGCCUGAGCACGGCAGAGCGGGAGGAAUUCGAGCAGCACGCCGAGUGCCUGGGGCUGAGGGCAGAGCAGAUCGUGUACGCGCCCUGGAAAACGGAGGUGUGUCAAGUGAAAGCAGCCGAAGGCAGCAGCAGCCCCCACCCAGAGCCCGGGGCUGCAUCCACAGCAUCCCCUGCCCCAGGCACCCCCGGGCCUGGCACUGCAGGGAACUGACCCCACACAGGCCAAUAAACCUUCCCUU